AUGUCUGCAGAGAACGAGAAGAACGAGACUGUUGGGGCCACCGUCGACGCAGCCAUUGAGUCCGCGACCGCUGCCGCCUCGAACGCGGCCGACGCGGCGCAAACCGCCGUUGCGGAUACCGCCAAGGCCGUCGAGACUGCCGUGGAGAACGCGAAGGCCGCGCUCGGCGACGCCGCCGAGUCCGCCACGGCCGCUGCUGCGUCCGCGACUGAGGGCGCGAAGCAGGCUGCGGCGACCGCCGCCGAGUCCGCCACUGCGGCUGCUGCCGGCGCGACCGACAGCGCCAAGCAGGCUGCCGCCGGUGCGGCGGAAGGUGCCAAGCAGGCCGCGGCCGGCGCGACGGAGGAGGCCAAGAAGGUCGUGGAUGCUGCCAAGAACGGCACUGCGGCCAAGGGCGAGGACGGCGACGGCGACGAGGCCGACGCCGAGCCCGAGGACGACGGGCUUGCCGAUGACGACGACGGGGAGUUCGAGGAGGAGGACGAUGAGUACGAGGUCGAGGAUGAUGAGGAGGAGUAUGAGGAGGACGACGAGGACGAGAACGCUGAGGGGCGCCGUAUGCUCGCCGAGCUCGUCGAGGACAAAGACGUCGAGACCGACGACGAGGAUGAGGCAUUUGACGGCAACAUCGUCGCGGGCAAGAAGCGCAAAGUUGGCGAGGCGGAUGGCGACCUUGCCGGAGACGGCCACCCGCCGCCCAAGAAGCGCGCUGAGGCCGAGGAUGACGUUGAAGAGUAGAAUCGGUAGUCAAAUGUGAACCCUGCGGAGGAGUGUAAGAUCUCGGUAGUAGUGUGCCAUGUCAGAGUGCAGAGUUGAGG